AUGGAGGAAAAAGAGAAGAAAAUUAUAGACAGGAACGAGGAAUUGUUAGUCCGGAAUAUUGUUCUCACUCCAGAAUUUUACGAAUUAUUACAGACUUAUAAUGUCCUACCGGUUACCAUGGUAACGGAUAUAAGGACUGGAAAAUCAAAAGAGGAAAAGAACUGUCGACUUCUUAAAACAUUAAAACUCCGGGGUUGUGACGCCUUCAGAAAGUUAUGUCAUAUUCUAAGCCUCACGGGACACGCCUUUCUCGCCGACCAUCUUCACGAAGAAGAAACGGAUACAAAACUACUACGUUCUGAAGAGUUCUUUGGCAAGUUUCCGACUGUAUUCAACCACAUCAGUGAUGAUAUAAAAACCAAGGUCCUUCAGUAUCUCGAAACAAAGCUGAAAGAAAAGAUGCUUGUAAAUACAUGGGUAAAUUCUACGUCGGAGAGGAGUGAACUCAUGGAGUCACGCAAGUUAGAAUUCGAACACGAGAGGGAAUUGAGGACUAAAAUGGAAAAAUACAAACGGCAGCUGAGCAAGGCAGUUGAUGAUUUAGCUUUAGCCAAAGACGAACUAAAACAGAACAGAUUGGACAUGAAAAUACAGUUAAGAGAGGUAGAAGAAUCUGAGAAAAGGUUCAAACAAGAGCUAGGAGUACAAUCUCGUUUCAAUGCAGCAAACAAUAGUUCUGUAUUGAGACUAAGAGAACAGUUUACCACGGUUAACACCAGGAUUCGUCAGUUAAAUUGUCUGAUUAGCGAUUUCCUUUACGACCACGUGGCUGAAACAACACAGGAAAACACUGUAACUGGUGCAAUGUUGACCAUAUUGGAGAAAAAUAUACGAACACUGAUGGACAAAGCUGACCAGCAUGCCGAGACGCUUGACCGUAGCUCCAACGAAAGAAACACUAUUCUAAGCUUGCUCAGGAAGCCGAUGUCGCGUUCUGAACCACUUUCGGAGAUAGUUCGAAAACAUGUUGAAAAGGAAAACAAAACUAAACUAGCUAUAUGUCAAGAAAUGGAGAAGCUGAACGAGAGUUUGCGAGAUGUUGGCGCAGGAAGUCUUAGGAACGGGGGUUCCUCAAAUUCGGUGAUUCAAACGACAGAUCUCAAAUUAAUUCGUAAUAUGAUAGCAACUUUCAGAGUAGAAGCAGAGCAUCUCAGAAAAAAGCUGAACUGGAAGGACGCAAAGAUUUCUGAUCUUGUUGAGGAACUUCGACAAAAACCUGUUUCUCUUCGACCAAUAGAAGACAAUCCCCUAGCUACUGGUGACGUGUUUUUCAAGUCGGAGCGUGAACUACCUGCGCAUUCAGAACCAAAAGGUGGCUUAGCCAAAUCCGAUGGAAAGAUGAUAGAUAGUUUAACUAACCAGGAAAAGCCGACUCUGUACUCAACAAGAAGAGACAAAUGGUCACGCGAAAGCAGUCCAUUAAAACCCAUCUCCAUUGUUACAGAGAGCACUGACGAUAAUGAUACUGAUGAAAACCAGUCUAGGUUAAUCUCGUCUGCUCAGAGGAAUGUCAAUAUAGACGACAACAAGUCAACAUUACAACCCAUUGAUAGACAACUUAAUCAAAACAUCAUCAUUCCUAGAUCUCCUCAAGUACAGACAUCGGUAGAUCAUACAAAUAUCGCUACAAGGAAGAAAGACGGCGACACUAUGGCUAUUCAGGAGGUGACGUCAUAUAUGGAGGAAAAAAUUGCUGAAGGAAAGUUGCCGCCAAUUGUACCGAACUCUUCCUACUUGAACUUUGAAAACGCCCCAUCAAUCCAAAAUAAGACGCCUCAAUCGACAGAGUUACAAUAA